CACGAACAUGCCCAACCAGUACGUAGUACUACUACUAGUAAACCUGGAGACUUUCACCAACGUGGCCAACCAACCAACCGGCAGACUCACUUUGUUCGUCUGUCUGAUGUCAAUUAAAUCAUGACCUCAUCUGUUAGCUCCUGGGGUUAUAAGCAAGCGAAGCCCACUUUGACUGUUCAUUCGACUAUCACAUAGAUAUCCAUAUAUAUAUCCAGAAUCGACCAGUCAACUAUAGUUACCACCUUCAUCAUCUUGAUAGUAGUGAUCCCACUCUUACAUCCUCUCUACCAGAUAAAGAAAGAAAAGAAAAAAAACACACACCAUGUCCUCCAAAGACCACCCUAGCGAUUUCACCCAACCCUUCAGCGACAACGCCAAGUAUACCCGCAGCAAAGCGGCCCAGAGCCGUGGCCAGAGGGACCGCUCUACAGCAUUCACCACGAUGAAUCCGGAUCUGGGUAUUCAGGACUCCGCUCCGCCAGCCAUGCAGGAACCUACUACCUCUACGACAUCGGAGUGGCAGCAGAGCACCAGCACUAGCACCAGCACCCGCACCGGCACCGGCUCUGGCACCACCGGCAUGUCAAGCGCUGGAUCAGGUGGUGGCGGCGGCGGCUGGAAUCGUGGAUCGAGAUACUCGUUUACUGCGGAGACUUUGGCUCAUCCUGACGACAAGACUGCUCCUGAUGAGUAACUAUUUACUAGCUAUCUAUCUACCUACUAGGUUGGUUCUAGUUAUAGUUAACUAUAGUUAAGUCGAUUACUGGGGGUUUCGAAGGUCAUAAAUUGUGCUUGGGAUUUGAGGUUGGUCUUGUUUGGUAU